AAAAAACUGUCUGUAUUCAGCAGCAGCCGGGUAAGAAGGUGGGGGAAGCCUCUUGUUUAGUGGAUCUGUGCUGUGCUUUCUCUCUUGAAAUAUUGGAGGGGGCCCCCACCUCCGCUCUCCUCCCCAGAAGUAGGUGGGACCAGUUCAAGCCCUGUAGCUUAGCUCCUGCUUUCUGAUGAUUGUGCCAUUAGAGGAAUGCUCCUUCGCUCACCACCUCUUGUCAUGAAUUUUUUUACGUGCAAUUUACAAAGGCAUUGACAUCAUCCGGACAGCAGCCUCGGAAUUAACGCAAAACAAACAACCGGAGGGACAGGUUUCUAUUUCACAUGUUAUUUUAAAAACCAGCUACCUAGCUCAGCAGCUGUGAUGUGGACAGGGAUCGGAUCGGGAAAGCUGGGUCUGCACUGGAGGAAUUAAUGGUGCCCUUAUUAUUUUAUUUGUACUGUUUAUUGGAAAUCGGUGGGUUUGGGAUUUUUGUAGAGGAACAAGUGAAAUGAGCAAAUCCAAGAAGACUGACCGUUGCUGAUUAGCCUCCACUUAGUGUUGUGUUCUCCUAGGAUAAGUCGAUUGAUUAACUUUGGAGACUUAAUUCAAAGAAUUCUAAAGCUUUGAAUCGGAUCUCCCCUUUCUUUGGUUUUUGAUAUGGGGGACAAAUCUUUCAAGGUGAAUUUGCUGUUUUUUUCUUUGCCCCAUCCUCUCUGAAGAACUAUAAUAUUCUCCCUGCCCAACAUGUUACAGUAAAUUUUAGUUCCAGAAAACACUGUUUAUUAUUAUUUAAAAAGAAACAAUAUCUAGACUCAAAUAUGGCAAAAAAUUCUCUGGAAGGGUCUAAGGAAGACCUGAACAAAAUUUCAGAAGAGGAGAUGAUGAGAUGGAGCAAGGAAGAGCUGGUGAAAAGAUUGAGGAAAGUAGAAAAUGAAAAAAUGAACUUAAUGGUGGAACAUGGCAACUUAAUGAAGGAUGUAAACAGGAGGCUGCAGGUUCAUCUGCAUGAGAUCAGGGGGCUGAAGGAGGUGAAUCAGAAAUUACAGGACGAUAAUCAGGAACUGAGAGAGCUCUGCUGCUUCUUGGAUGAUGACCGGCAGAAAGGCAAAAAACUGUCCAGGGAAUGGCAGAGGUUUGGGAGGCACACGGCCAGUGUGAUGUGGAAAGAAGUUGGGAUGUAUCAACAGAAGCUGAAGGAGCUAGAGGCAAAGCAGGAGUCCCUCAUGAGGGAGAACUUGGAGCUGAAGGAGAUAGUCCUCAUGCUAGAUGAAGAGAGAAAUGGAGCUGGCUCUAGGAGCUCUAUAGACAGCCAGGCCAGUUUGACCAAUUUGAAUGGGAGCUCUGGCACCAGGGAUGUGGGGGAUGGGAGUAGCACCUCCAGCACUGGGAGCGCAGGGAGCCCAGAUCAUCAUCACCAUCACCUUCACCAUCACAAACCUGUCGAGAAUAAGGCUGGAGCAAUAAGGAGAUCUAUGGAUGACUUGUCUGCACCCCUUCACCACAGAAGUAUCCCCAAUGGUCUCAAUGAUUCAUCUUCCAACUACAUCAGGCAACUUGAAACAAAAGUCAAACUGUUGGAGGAUGACAACAAACUCCUUUCUCAGCUGACUGACCGCAACAGCUUGCCAAGAAAUUUAAUUAAGCAAUCUAGCUCUGGGGAUUUGAGGACUCUAAGAAAAGGGUUAUCCCCGUACCACUCUGAGUCACAGCUGUCAUCACUGCCGCAGUAUCAGGAUGCCAUGCAAAAUGGCCCAGCUCGUAUGACUCCUGAUCUUGCUUCCUCUCCUGUGGCAGGAUAUGUCCCUGUGGGUCAGAAACCGGAGGCUGUGGUGCAUGCUAUGAAGGUCCUUGAAGUCCAUGAAAAUUUGGACAGGCAAAUGCAAGAUAACUAUGAAGAAGACCUGAGUGAAAAGGAGAAAGCAAUUGUUCGUGAAAUGUGCAAUGUUGUCUGGCGAAAAUUGGGUGAUGCAGCAAGUUCCAAACCAUCCAUCAGGCAACACCUUUCAGGAAACCAGUUCAAGGGGCCAUUGUAGGAACAUCACACUGAAAACUAGAAGCAACUCUAUAAAGAAUCAGAGAGGAAGAGAGCUCUGUUUCUAGCAGCCAGUUUGGAUUUUUUUUUGUAACUGUCUAUAGUGUAAAUAUGGCAGCUAAAGGCUUAGCCUCCAGGCUAUGAUCUGGAACCAAUGUUAAAUGGGUUAACCAUCCUAUAAUCGCAGACUUGUGUCACUUGUAUUGUAGUGCAAACCUGCUUGGUUGUAUGGUCUCUAUGUAGAAUUACCUAACAAGAGAAUUUCUAGGAGGAAAAAUGGAACCCUAACCUGGAGAAGUUAUUUUGUAUUGCUUCUGCCCCACCUGCUCAUUAAUUGAUUCAUAACAAGGCUGGUGGCUCUAUGCAGCAUGUUUUUGGAUUCUCCCAAGGAAACAAAAAUCUGAAUCAGGUGGCUUCUGUCCCUUUACUGAGCUGCUAAAAUUUUUUGAAGGUCCUUAUUUUUGGAGGAUGAUAUGCAACUGUUUUCAAGAGCUGUCAUAUAAAAUACUUUGUGGGAUGAUAAAACACUGAAAGCACCUUGUAUGUUGUACCGUAUUGACCAUGACACAGGUCCAUAGCAGGUAUGCAGAACGGCCUGAGCCUCCAUUUCAGCUGCUAGUGAUGUGAUUUUAAUGGAACAAAUGAUACUGCAGUCAUAAUGUGAAUAAUUUUAAGUCAUUUAGCCACAAUCCAGUAUGAAUAUGGUAACACUUUUCCUGUAAAGCUCUUACUGUUAAAUACUUCGGUAAGAACAGCUUUCCCACCAAUGUGGCUUACCGUUUUGCCAAGAGAGGUUUCUCUCUUGGAUCCUAGUAUUUCAGUCUCGACAUUCACUCACAUAAUAAGGAUUUGUUUUUUAAUGUCCUUGUUGAAAUACUGAACUAAAUUGGUUACUUCAUGAUGUAAUCAAAGCAACAGCCAUUCAAAGCUGCGUAAAUGCUAUA